AUGCCUCUGUCAAGAAAACAAGUAGACCAAGUUAGAACCAAGGUACACUACAGUGAGGUGGAUACUCCAUUCAACAAAUAUUUAGAUAUCCUAGGAAAAGUUUCCAAGCUGACAGAAAGCAUUAUAAAUGGUAGAUUAUCCAACGAUAUUAGUAAGAAUGAGGCAUUGACUGAGCAAAAUAUUUCACAACUGACAGAAAGCGCACAGCUUCGAUUUUUAGAUCUUCAAUCUUCAAUUGAUACAAAGAAAGCAGCAGACGAAAAUUGGGAAACAUGUCAACAGGAGACAUUGGCCAAAUUGGAAAAUCUGGGAGACAAGUUACCUAAUAUAAAGAGCAUUCAUAGCAAGUUGCUUUUACGCAUUGGAAAACUACAAGGUCUUCAUGAUUCUGUCCGAGUAAUCAACAGAGAGGUGGAAGGCUUAUCGGAAGGGCGUACCAGCCUUGUUGUAACACGUUCAGAAUGGGAGAAAGAACUUGGAAGUGACUUAGUUAAGUUCUUAAUUGAAAAGAAUUAUCUGAAAUUAGUUGAUUCAGGCUUAAAAAAAGAUGGUACAGAAGAGAGAUAUCGUAUUUAUGAUGACUUCUCUAAAGGUCCAAAAGAGCUGGAAAGUGUCAACGCGCUAAUGAAAUCGGACAUAGAAAAGGUAAGGCAAGAAGUAUCGUCCUACAAAGAGAAGUGGUUAAGGGAUGCAGAGAUAUUUGGCAAGAUCACGUCGAUAUUUAAAGAAGAACUUCUUAAAAGAGAUGGUCUGCUCAUUGAGGGAGAAGGGGAUAAUAUUGAUGAUGAUUAUGAAUCAGAUGAAGUUGAAGAAAGAAAAGAGAGAUAUAAAAGACAACGAUCAAUGAUGAAGGCGAAUAGUAUUCUAUCUGUGGAUGAAAAAGAGGAAAGCGAUCGUGAGUAUGAUGGACAAGAAGAUGAAGGAAAUGGAGAGGAUGAUAAUAUAGACGUGGACGUUGAGGAUGUAAAAGAGGAUACUGAAGCAGACGGAGAAAGCAGUCAGCAGGCAGAAAAUGACAGUCAGAGUAACGGUGGUGAAGGGAUCAAAGGGGGUGAAGAUCUUAUACAAGAGGCAGACGAGAUACACAAUGCAGAGGAAGAAAGUGGUGACCACACAGCAGAAAAACUGGGUGGCACUGCAGGUGGUUACAGUGCAUCCUCCUCUGCUGACGAAGUGCAAUGA